CUGGAGGGCUGGGUUCAUGGGUCCUCUGGGACAUUUUCUGCUCUCUAGGAUGGGGGCUGCUGCUCCCUGCAAAGCCCCCUCACUCCAGACCUGCCUCCUGAAGCAUUUAUUGGCUUUGCUCCACUCCAGCCCCUCUCUCUCUUCUCGCAAACCAGAGCUCACCUGCUCUGCAACCACAGUCUAAUGGGAUUCCAAAGGCAGGGUUAGGACAAGGCCAGCGCCAGAGACCUCAGAACGCUUUUGCUCUGCCAACCUUGAAAUUCCAUCUCACAUGGUGGCUCCUGGGCCCCAUCACUGUAAACUGGAGCUCAUGCCUCCAACUGUUCAGGGCAGAGCUGAGCUGUUUCCAGAUCCUCUACCCACUGUGUGAGGCUGGCCCCCAUCUACCACUGCAUAGAAGGGCACUGACACCCCAAGGAGCAGCAGCACAAGUUGGAGGAGUCCUAUGUCCACCUGGGUUCUCCUUGAGAAGGAUGCAGGAUUUCUUGCUUGGCUGACAGAUGUGGAAACUGAGGCCCAGAAGAAAGCAGCAGGUUUGCCCAGACUGAGCUACCUCACCUUCUUGGAGGGGUGCUGCUAAAAAUAGUUCCUGGGAGAAUGGGUCCUGGUGACGAGUGCUGCUUUCUCUCCCUGAGUCCACUUGCCAGCCUGCCACCCUCCACCACCACAUCCUGCAAACCCACCCCUCUCCUGUGCCAGGAACUUGUUAACACCAGUACCAUGCCCUACCAAUACCCUUUGCUGACCCCAGAGCAGAAGAAGGAGCUGUCUGACAUCACGCAUCACAUCGUGGCUCUGGGCAAGAGCAUCCCGGCUGCAGAUGAGUCCACUGGAAGAGUUGCCAAGUGGCUGCAGUCCAUUGGCACCAAGAAUACCAAGGAGAACCAGUGCUUCUACCGCCAGCUGCGACUGACAGCUGACAACUGCAUGAACCCCUGCAUCGAGGGCGUCAUCCUCUUCCAUGAGAUGCUGUACCAAAAGGUGGAUGAUAGGUGUCCCUUCCCCCAAGUUAUCAAAUCCAAAGGCAGUGUUGUGGGCAUCAAGGUAGAAAAGGGGGUGCUACCCCUGGCGAGGGCAAAUGAUGAGACUACCACCCAAGGGCUGGAUGGGCUGUCUGAGCGCUGUGCCCCAGACAAGAAGGAUGGGGCCGACUUUGCCAAGUGGCAUCACGUGCUGAAGAUUGGGAAACACACCCCCUCAGCCCUCGCCAUCAUUGAAAAUGCCAACAUCAGCUGGGCGCAGCGGUGUGUCAAUGUCCUGGUCCGCUAUGCCAGCAUCUGCCAGCAGAAUGGCAUUGUGCUCAUCGUGGAGGCUGAGAUCCUCCUCAGUGGGGACCAUGACUUGAAGUACUGUCAGUAUGUAACCAAGAAGGUGGCUGCUGUCUACAAGGCUCUGAGUGACCACCACAUCUACCUGGAAGGCACCUUGCUGAAGUCCAGUAUGGUCACCCCGGGCCAAGCCUGCAUCCAGAAGUUUUCUCACAAGGAGAUUGCCAAGGCAACUGUCACAAGCGCUACACUCUAGGGAAUAAGUGGCCUAGAAGGAUCACAACUGGGCCAGAACAGGGCCCACCCAGACUCAUCACUGAGGCAGAUGGGGUCAUUCUCAUUUCACAGACACAAAAACUAAGUGCUACACUGCACAGUGUCCCCUGCUGUCCCUGGGAUCACUUCCUAUCUGGAAGCCAGAGCAAGGAGGUGUCCAUUAACCUCAAUGCCAUUAACAAGUGCCCCCUCCUGAAGCCCUGGGCCCUGACCUUCUCCUACAGCUGAACCCUGCAGGCCUCUGCCCUGAAGGCCUGGGGCAGGAAGAAGAACCUGAAGGCUGUGCAGAAGGAGUAUGUCAAGUGAGCCCUGGCCAAUAGCCUCACCUGUCAAGGAAAGUACAUUCCAAGCGGUCAGGCCGGGGCUGCUGCUAAUGAGUUCCUCUUCGUCUUUAACCACGCCUAGUACACGGAGGUGUUCUCAGGCUGCCCCCCAACACUCCAGGCCCUGCCCCCUCCCACACUCUCUUGAAGAGGGGGACUCCUCCUCGGGGCUGCAGGCCGGCUUGCCUGCGCUCUUGCCUCCCUCGUGACAGUGGUGUGUGGUAUUGUCUGUGAAUGCCAGCUCCAUCACCCUUUCCAGCACACUGCUAAUAAACAGCUAUUUAAGGGGGAAAAAUAAAAAUAGUUCCUGAGGCCCAGAACAAAAAGGGUGAAUUCUGGGGGCUGGGGUUGACAUUUUCCUUUUGCCUUGACCAUUGGGUGGUACUAUGUGCAGCAGCCCCUGAUGGUGAUAGUGAUGGUGACGAAGACCAUGAUGCAGACUGGGUGGGAGGGAAAAAAGGCCCCAGCGCCAUCCCUGGGAUGGGGCCUGACCUUGCCUCAACUCCAGCUGCCCAGGGCCAGAGCAAGUGAUAAGAUGAGUUUAUACUGUGGCUCUGAGA